AUGGCGAAGAGCAAUGACAAAGACGGAGCAACAAUUGGGAGUGUGAGGGAUGUCGAGAAAGCGAGUCUUGCGCAACAGGUGGGGGGUGGAGAGGAGUCUGUAGCUGUGGAUGCUACGGCUUCGACAGAGGAUCUGCCGUUGUCAAAGGCUCGGUGUGUAGCACUGGUUGCAGUACUAACUAUAGCAUCUAUCAUGAGUAUAUUCAGUGGCCGCCUGGCAGACAUUUAUGGCCGACGACGUACAUUUCUCCUAGGCUCAUCAUUCUUCACAGCUGCAUCAAUAAUGCUACCCUUUGUUCCGAACGAAAGCGGUUUCGACGCUAUACGCGGACUACAAGGUCUCAGUGCCGCAGCCAUGGCAUCUGCUGCGCUGGGAAUCCUGUCUUCCACAUUUCCACCCGGACAAGCUAAAGACGUAGCAUUCAGCUUCUUCGCCAUUGGCGCACCUCUCGGAUUCAUCUUUGGCAACCCCCUCGGCAGUCUCAUUGGCGAGCAUCUACCCUGGCAAUGGACGUACUGGAUCCUCAGUAUCACUGCCGGCAUCUGCACAGCCGCAAGCUACUCCAUCAUCCCGCGACCGCCUCCUUCCUCUACCCCCAGCAAAACCAGCACAAUCGACUGGAUCGGCGCCGCAAUUCUCACACUCGCUCUCAUCUUCCUUGUCCUCGCUCUCUCCAGCGGCAACGAAAUUGGCUGGCGCACCCCCUGGAUUCCUACACUCCUUGUCCUCUCUUUCCUCCUCCUCGCAAGCUACACAUACUGGCACUACCGCCUCUCCACAAUACCCAACAAGACUCCCUUCAUCACCCCCUUCAUCCUCACCCAAAAACAACUCGCACCAGUUCUCAUUAUAUCCGCGCUCCUCACAGCUUCAUACACUAUCUUCUUAACCUCCUCCCUCCACUGGCUCACAGCAUACAAAGCCCAGUCCACUCUGCAAAUCACCUUCCAUUUCCUACCCGCAGGCAUCUGCGCGUUGCUCGUCGCAGCGCUGACACCACUCAUUCUCUCCCGCAUACCAGGGUUAUACAUCCUCCUCUUCAGCACCAUUUGCAUAUCUCUCUCCUGUCUCCUUCUCGCUAUCCCGCUUCCAGAACAUACGACUUACUGGGCCUACGGACUCCCGGCCAAGCUCCUUUGCGCUACAGGCAUCGUCACUGCGGGACCCGUUCUUACACUUUUCGUGGCAAAGAUGGUAGGGGCGGAGGAUGCAGCGUUGGGAGCGGGACUGAUCACAGGCGUGGGGAUGGUUGGGCGGGUGGUUGGGGGUGUUAUUGCGACGGCGGUGGAGAUGGAAAUUGAAGGCAGGGAGAAGGGAGUGGUGCUGGCGCCGGGAGAUGAGGCAUUGAAAGAGGGGAUAAGGGGUAUGGUGUGGUUUGGUUUCGCGGUCAGUGUGGUAGCGGUAAUGAUGGUUGGGGGGUUUUUGAGGGGAAUGGGAGUCAUUGGGGGGAAGAGGGUCAACGAGUAG